UACCGUUCCUUUAAAAGUUCAACGCAAACGAGGGGCGACCCAUUUUUUGAUAAAUGGCUCUCACAUGUUUCUCCUCCUUUCCUCUAAAAGCGUUUCCAUUCCCAUCAUUCUCGUACCCAAAACGUCCCAAAAUGUCAGUAAAUCUCAAUACCAAAGCCUCAUCUGAAACUGGUAACAGAAAGCUCCCCAUACUGCUCUUUGACAUCAUGGACACCAUUGUUCGCGACCCUUUUUACCACGACGUCCCUGCCUUCUUCGGAAUGUCGUUGAAGGAACUGAUAGAAUGCAAGCACCCAACUGCAUGGAGUGAGUUCGAAAAGGGGAUGAUUGAUGAGGUGGAGCUGGCCAGAAUAUUCUUUAAAGAUGGAAGAUCUUUCGAUUUGGAAGGCCUCAAAAAUUGCAUGAGAAGAGGAUAUUCCUACAUAGAAGGUGUUGAAGAAUUGCUUCAUGCUUUAAAACAAAACAACUAUGAAAUUCAUGCUUUCUCAAACUACCCAAUCUGGUACAAAAUGAUUGAGGACAAGCUACAAAUUUCAAGAUAUUUAUCUUGGACUUUUUGUUCAUGUAUAAUUGGAAAGAGGAAGCCUGAUCCUGAUUUUUAUUUGGAAGUUUUGAGCCAUCUUAAAGUUGAUCCAGCAAACUGUAUCUUCAUCGACGACAGGUUGAAAAAUGUAGAGGCUGCCAUGGAACUCGGAAUCGUUGGUCUCCAUUUCAAGAACACAGAUUUAUUGCUUCAAGAUCUCUUUUCAACGGGAAUCGACAUUUCAAUCGAUGAACAUCGCCAAUCUUAGGACCUGCCGAAGCCAACAAAAGAACACACAUCUUGAUUUCUAAGUUCUGAUGAAUGUAAUUAUUGAAUUGUUACCAUUGUCACAUCUUCCAAUUUUUUCAUCAACUUCUGGGGGCUGGUGAUCUGUUAGAAGAAUAAGAGGGUGAUGAUUGUUGUGAAAUUGUUAAUAUAAUUCUAUUCGUUUAAGUUUCUUAAAUUUUCAAAGAAAGAAACUCAACAUGAAUGAAUAUAUUGUGUUCAAUAUA